CCUGCCUCUUUAGAUUCCUUUUGGUGGAAGUCUGAACGUUAGGGAACAAAAUCGAAGUCUUUCUUGCUAGUUUUUUCUUCUUCUUCUAGGUAUUGAAAAAAAUGGAAGUUGUUCUACAAAUAACAGCAAUAUUAGUGGGAUUGACUAUACUGGGGAUAGUAUCCAUGUAUGUGAAUCUAGUGUUGAAGCCUAAAAAACUAAGGUGGAAGCUGAAACAGCAAGGAAUAAUAGGGCCUCCACCUUGUUCAAUUUUGCAGGGUAACAUCCCUCAAAUUGUUAAAAUGAAAUCUGAAAUAUUAAUACCACCCCCUGAUAAUAAAAUUCAUCAUGAUUGGCAUAUCAUCCACUUUCCUCACCUUCAGGAAUGGCGUUAUUACUAUGGGCCAGUGUUCACAUAUUCAACUGGAAGCAUGCAGAUAUUAUGCAUAACAGACCCUGAUCUUGUGAAGGAAAUAAUCAACUGCAAAUCCGUCGAUUUAGGAAAGCCUUCGUAUUUAUCAAAGGAACGAGGUCCUCUAUUGGGUCGAGGCAUUAUCUCCUCAAGUGGUUCACUUUGGGAACAUCAAAGGAAAAUCAUCUCGCCGGAGUUUUUCCCGGACAAAGUUAAGGGCAUGUUUGGUUUGAUGGUGGAAGCUACAACCUCAAUGUUGAGUUCCUGGGAAGAUCGAGUAAAUAGAAGUGGUGGAACAGCAGAGAUCUCAAUUGAUAGAUAUUUGAGAAGCUUGUCAGCUGACAUAAUUUCGAAAGCCGCAUUUGGGAGCAGCUAUUCUCAAGGGAAAGACAUAUUCUCAAAGAUAAGGGAGGUUCAAAAGCUAAUGAGCAAAACUCUACAUGUUGGAAUUCCCUUUUCAAGGUACAUUCCAACCAAGAACAAUAGGGAGAUAAAGAGUUUAGACAAGGAGAUCAAUAUGAAGAUAUUGAAGGUUGUUAAAGAACGAAUGGGAGCAGAACGUGAGAUAGAUUUCUUACAAAAGAUACUUGAAGGUGCUAGAAAAUGCAGUACUGAACACUCUGAGAUAGAUCAUGAGAGGCUCAUCAUAGACAACUGCAAGACUAUAUAUUUUGCUGGUCAUGAAACAACUGCUACUACAGCAACAUGGAGCUUGAUGUUAAUGGCGGCAUUCCCUCAUUGGCAGACUCGGGCUCGAGCUGAGGUACGUAAAGCUUGUGGAGAUGGGAUUCCAACUGCUGACAAUUUGAGAAACAUGAAAGUGUUGACAAUGAUUAUCCAAGAGACGCUUCGUUUGUACCCGCCAGCAUUAUAUGUAGUACGAACAGCACUACAAGAUGCGAAGCUAAAAGACUAUCAAAUUCCAAAAGGAACUGACAUCCAAAUUCCUGUACCAGUGUUGCACCAGGAUCCUGACCUAUGGGGGCAGGACGCGUUUGAUUUCAACCCAGAAAGAUUUGCCAAUGGAAUUGCAGCGGCAUGCAAAACCCCGCAAGCUUAUAUGCCUUUCGGGUUUGGAGCUCGCGUAUGUCUUGGCCAACACUUUGCCAUGGUGGAACUUAAAGUGAUCUUAUCUCUUAUUUUAUCCAAGUUUAGCUUUUCGCUUUCACCAGCAUAUCAGCAUUACCCUGUAUUUAGGCUAGUUAUUGAACCUGAACAUGGAGUCAAACUUCUCCUUAAAAGGUUAUGACUUAUGAUAGAGAUUUGUUUUUGCUCUAUUAGUCGCCCAAAUUAAAGCCUUUGCUAUCAUCUGAUGAUAUAAUGUACUAGUACUAUCGACUGAAACAGAAGUCAUUUCUUUUGAUUUUCUAUCAGAAAGUAAAAGUUCCCUCAUA